AUCCGCAUAGGGGCGUAUUGAAACGCUGAACCCUAGUCUAGUGUAUGGGCUGUCUCAACGACUGUAGGUCCGCCCCGAAGUGUGUGUCUUUGCCUGUGUGUGGAUUCCAAACUAGAGUUUGUGUUUCACCGGUGGAACGUGUGUGGGAUUGAAGUCGCAGGACGCUCAUUCACUGUUGUCGAAGGAAUUGUUUCCCCAGGCUUUGCAUUUAGACGAAUCAUCCCAGCUAUGCUGUCCAGGAGCACCUACGUCUUCCAGAGUUGCUGACGAACAUUGUCUCUAUGGUGUGAUUAAUUGACAGCUGACAGGAUGGACGACCUUCAGGACGUGCAGCUGACCGAGAUCAAACCUCUCCUGAUGGACAAGAAUGGACGCAACUUCCAGGACUUUGACUGCCAGGAGCAUGAUAUUGAGACCGCCCACGGAGUUCUCCAUGUCACCAUGCGUGGCACCCCCAAAGGGAACAGGCCCGUCAUCCUCACCUACCACGACAUCGGACUCAACCACAAGUCGUGCUUCAACGUGCUUUUCAACUUUGAGGACAUGCAAGAGAUCACCCAGCACUUCGCAGUGGUCCACGUGGAUGCUCCCGGACAGCAGGAGGGAGCUCCACCUUUCCCUGGAGGGUAUCUGUACCCCACCGUGGAUGAACUAGCUGAGAUGAUUCCCUCUGUUCUGACCCAGCUCAAGAUAAGCAGUGUUAUUGGGAUAGGAGUGGGCGCUGGAGCGUACAUCCUCUCCAGGCUGGCGCUGAACGAACCUGCUCUAGUCGAGGGCCUGGUUCUGAUCAAUGUGGACUCUUGUGCUAAGGGCUGGAUGGACUGGGCUGCAACCAAGUUGACUGGGUGGACCAGUAACCUGACGGACAUUGUCAUGGCCCAUCACUUCAGCACGGAGGAGUUGACUGACGACCUGGAGAUCACCCAGACCUACCAUCUCCACAUUGCCCAGGACAUCAACCAGGACAACAUGGCCCUCUUCUACAACUCCUACAACGCUCGUCGGGAUUUGGAGAUCGAGAGGCCCAUCCCUGGCCUGAACGAGGAGACGGUCAUCACCCUGAAGUGUCCCUCUCUGUUGGUUGUGGGAGACACGUCCCCAGCUGUGGACACUGUGGUGGAGUGCAACUCAAGGUUAAACCCCACGAAAACGACUUUGCUCAAAAUGGCUGACUGUGGUGGACUGCCGCAGGUCGUCCAGCCUGGUAAACUCACCGAGGCCUUCAAAUACUUUGUGCAAGGAAUGGGCUACAUGCUGAACAGCUCCAUCCCCCAUGUGCUGCUCAGCCACUUGAACAGCGAAUCAGUGCCCACAGCGAGCAUGACCCGCCUGGUCCGCUCGCGCACCCACUCUUCCUCCAGCAUGGGCUCAAUUGACAUCCCGCGCAGCCGCACCCACACCAACUCACAGCUAGAAGGUGCCACCGCUGCCCCCGACGCCCAGAACCGGCCACAGACCAUGGAGGUGUCCUGCUAGAGGGCCAGUCCCUUUAGCCCACCACCUCCACCUGGUUGCUCUAACUCUCAGUCCAGCCAGACAGGGCCUCAAUACAUUUGGUUUCUUCUAUCUCUCUCUACCUAUCUACAUCACCAUCUUUCUUCUUUUAUCUUUCACUCAUUCCAUGUGUGCGAGUCAGAGAAUGUGGUCAUGGUGAAAGGGAUAGCUGGUGGGACUACUGUAUUUGUAAUCCAGAGUCACUUGAACACAAAAGUCAGAGGCCCAGAGGUCCUCAGUGUUCUCCCUGCGUAGGAUUUGGGUUGGCCCUUUCUCAUCCCCC